AUGUUAGAUUUUGGUGAGAGCCAAACAAGGACAAGCGUCACGCUGAUUUUGCAGGCAUUGCCGGCCCCCACAAGUAACACACAACAUGUCCUUCAUAUCAACCACCACAAUCAACCACCUUUCUGUCGGCUAACGUCUACCAUCAUGGUAUCAUCACCAGAAUCCCUCUCUUGCAAGUCUUCGUCCUCUUCAUUCCGCAUGCCACCGCUAAUGAGCAAUGCAGCCACUCUUCGUGCCCACUCUCCUCCAGCCGUCGAUUUAUGCCAUAUGACAUCCGGCCUCGGCUCACCUACAAAACACCCCCAACCCAGCCUACGCUCAAACGAACCCCGACUCGGAUCACGCUCACCCAACUCAAUCCCUUCAUCGCCCACCUUGGUCUCUUCAUCUUCGUCUUCCCCUACUAUGACGACGGCGCAAGAACACCCGCUUGCUUCGCUUCCAGAGCCUGACGAUGGUGAUGUCGGCGCGGGGGACGAAACGGAGGAUUCAGCCAAAGGGAGGAAACGCAAAGCACAGGCAAAGGGCAAGGAAGAGUUGAGGUGCGAGAAAAUUGCGAACUUGCUUGUGGAGGGAAAGAAGGGCGCGGAUUUGGAGAAGGCUGUGAGCCUCUCCGCAGUCCCACUAACCCACAUGUUCAAACGCUCUCUCUCCCUUCCGUCAAGCAACCCGCGCUCAACACUCCCGGCAAUUACAAUCACUCUUCCAUCCGACGCCGCGUCGCCAGGAGACGGGGAAGCCAGCAGGAUGGGUACACCAGGCACACCAUCAUUGCGUCGUCCUCCCUAUUCUCAAAGAGAUACCGCCGCCUUAUUCCCACUCAUCUGCACUCCCUUUACAUCCUACGGCCCUCGACAUCUCCAGUCUGAGGAUGAAGAAGCACGUCGAAGGAGUGAGUUAUCCCAAAAGGGCUGGUACUGGUGGCUGUCGUCGGGUUUGGAAGACCAGAUCGCUGACUCGGGCUGUGAGCGGCCGAUGAUCGCUGAUGGGAUGGGAUAUGAAGAUCCUGUCGGACAGUACGAUUAUCAGUACAUCGAGCAAUACGACCGACGUCCCUCUCUCGACCCUAUCCCGCCACCUGUGUCGACAGACCCCUCAAACUACUUCUACACCUCCCCAUCCGCACCGCUCCCCGCUUCGUCAUUUUCCACCUUGUCUGGUUGGGCUGGCGAUUAUAAGUAUGACGAAACUUCCCAUCGACAAACUUCAUCAGCCGUUAACGCGACGGUGUCAGCACCAAUCCCGGCAUGGUACGAAGCCCCUGGUUGGGAGGCCCAUCAACAUCAGUUCAACCAUCCUAAUCUCUACUUUAGCCCGGACGAUUGGGAUCAGAUAGAGGUGAACCAUGAGGAAGAUCGCCACAUUGGAAGACGAUCGUGAUAUCUGCUGUCUUCCUGGGUUAAUAUUUGUUCUCUUUCUUCCACUCUCUCUGCCGUUUUUCUUUACUCUUCGACUUCAUCUCUUCGAACACAUCUUGGCAAAUCAUUGUAGCUAUUAUUAUAUUGUCUCCUCUUUCUUGCUCCAUUGGCAUCACAACAUAUAGAUAUGAUCAACUUAUGUUAUUCAUUUUCACUGUACCUCUCAUCC